UGCUACCAAACUAGGGGUGUGUCAAAUCUCUCUCUCAAGAAUGAUAAACUCAAUGGAGUUGUCUAUUUUUAACUUCCUGUUCUUUCCUUUUGGCAGAGUAAUCAGUGUUAGCUGAGCUCUUUCACUGAAUGAAUCCAAGAAGCCCUGUUUGUUGCUUUCUGAAAUGAACAGCGGACCAUGUAAGCGCGUUUCCAAGACUGCUUUAAUGUAUGAAGUCCCAUUUUGAAACACAAUGUCAAAUGAAGCCAGUUCGGGGCAGAAGCUUUCUACAACAACUGUCAGUUCUGUUGCUGUUCAUGCCGGGAAUGCCAGUAUCGUUAUAGCUGUACUUAAGUGUGGAAAAUGGGUGAAGCUUCAGCUGGCUGAAUCAACACCAAAUUUAUUAGAAAUUGGCAGCAAUCAAGAUGAGACUAAAAAACUACUACAAGAUCAUGAACUCCUCCUAACUAAACUUAAGGCUUUGGAAGACCAAGUGUGGGACCUGCUGCAUGAAGCAGACAAGGCUGCAGAGGAGAACAAAGACAAGAGUCAGGUGUAUGAUGCCAUGGCAGAGACACUCGGAGAUGCAUGGGAUGCCCUCAUCAUUAUGUUAGAGAAGCGACAGGCACUUCUGGAACUUACUUCAGUGUUCUUUGAAAAUGCUCUAGAGUUUGCUGUUAAAAUUGACCAAGUUGAAGAUUUCUUAAAAAAUGCUCAAGAAUUUGACAAUAUUGACACUUUGAGAGAACUUCUUCUGCAACAAGAGCAUCACACAAAAGAGCUCUUGGAAAAGUCGCUUACACUUCUAAACAAAAGCCAAGAGCUAACUGAGUUUAUAGAAGGAUUCAAAUGUGAGGGGCCAAAUGCAAAUCCUGAGCUGAUUCAGGGAGCCCAUAGCAGCUGCUUGAAAAUUGACAAUCUCCUUGAACUGCUACAAGACAGGCGGCGGCAACUGGACAGAUUUCUUAAACAUCAGCGCCAAGGACUGGAGCAGGUUCUGCAAAUUUGUUUGUGGCAUCAACAAGAGAACAAGGUAACAUCUUGGUACAAGAAGAACAUCAGAGAUUAUGUACACAAGCAAAACCUAGGCUCGUCUUUAUUGGAAAAUGAAGAGUUACUUCAAGAGCAUAAAGAAAUGGAAGUCAAAGUGAAAGAAUGGAACUCCACUGUGGAACAAUUAGAGGCUGAAGCACUUAAGAUUUUGCUUUCAGAAGACUAUACAGAAAAAGAACAUCUAAACCUCACAAACCAGAAAAUCUGUCUGUUGCAAGAAGAAGUGUGCUGCCAUAUGGAAGAAAGGAAAGCCCUGCUUCAAGAGGCCAAUGACUUUUUUAAUGCUGCUGGCAAGGCAUUUGAUGCUCUUGAAGGUAUUGAGAAUUACCUUAGAAUCCUUAAUUCAGAAGGCUUAAGUCUGCCUAUCUUGGCAAUGAAGUACGAGGAAUUAAAGGAAGAAAUUACAGGCUGCACAGAAAGUACUUUGCGAAAAGGACAAGCUUUAAUUAAUAAAGUAGAUUCUCACAGCUCUUGGGUAACAGGAAUUCAGAAAAUCACAGAGUAUGUUCAAAAAAAAGUGGAUCAAUUACUCAGGCAGUGUCCAGAUUAUAAAGAACUUACUUUGAAGAAACAACAAUGGACUACCUCACUUGAAGAUCAUCUAAAUAUGGUAUCACAGUUGAUUAAAAAAAUCACCCCGAAGCUUGCAGUUGGUGUGGAGAUUGAUUCCUGUUUGUCUGAGUCAGAAAGAAUUUUGAACAAACACGUGGAACUGGCUAAUCAAAUAAAGGCAAAUGAGAGCUUAAUAUUAAAAGUGGAAAAAAUUGUACAAGUAACAGAAGAUACCAUUAUUAAUCUGAGUAAAAGAAAGAAAGAGCUGAAUGAUCUUUGGGCAAUCUGGAAUUUUAAAAUUAAUCAAGUAAAACCCAUCAAGCAACAGUGCUUGAUGUUUAAAGAACAACUAACUAAGACUACCUGUGGGCUGAAGAUUCUUCAAGAGGCUCUCAGGCUUAUAUCAACAGUUGAUCUUGGAAGUGACCUUUGUAUUGCCUUAGAACUACAAAAGCUUAACCAAAUGAAACCGCAGUUUCAGCAACUGAAUGCUGAACUUGAGUACAUGAUGAAAGUAUUAGAAUUGCCAACUCAGAAAGGAUUUCCUGUGAAAGAGAAUUCUGAGAGAUUAAGUGAGCUUAUUCAUCUACAUCAAAUGGUAAAGAGCACAAUGACAGAAUAUGAUGAGAUUUUCUACAAAACAGUUAAAUUCCAUCAUGUUAAAAAAGAACUGGAGUGUCUAUCAAAAUCAGGAGAACUGGAUGUUCCUGAAAUAACUGAAGGCCCUGAAGAUGUGCACCAUGCUAAAGCCUACCUUUUAAAUGCUCGGACGAAACAUGCUCGUAUCAGACAGCUUUAUAAACUGGUUAUUUCCCAGGGAGUGGAUAUCUUGUCUGCAGUGCAGCAAACUAAUUGCUUGAAUGUUUCUGUAAAGAAUCUGAAGCAAGAACUUGCUAGACUUGAGUGCGACAGCAUUAACUGGAGUUCUAAAGCAGCUAAAUAUGAGGAAGAACUGUCACAGCAUUUCCAAUACUGUACCAAUCAAGAGGAGAUAAAUGAGCUCAGAGAAUCAUUUAAGGAUCUCAAAAAGAAAUUCAACAAUUUGAAGUUUAACUAUACCAAGAAAACUGAAAAAGCUCGAAAUUUGAAAGCACUUAAAAUACAUAUUCAGCAAGUUGAUACAUAUGCUGAGAAAAUACAGGUUCUUAAAAAGAAGAUGGAUAAUUUAGAGAAGAAAUUCAUUGACUCUGCAGCAAAUGAACUUAAUGGUAGAGUCCUCCUGGGGUCAAUUAGUGAGUUACAAAAACAGUUGAGUGACUUUGGCAGAGUUGUGGAGGAUUACAGUCAAAAUCUGAAUCUCAUGGAACAUCUGCAACAGAUGAUGGAAGAGUGUCAAUUUUGCUUUGAAGAUGUGAGUGCAACAGUCGUUAGAGUUGGCAAGUAUUCUGCAGAAUGCAAAACAAGAGAAGCAAUAGAGACUCUCUACAAGCAAUUCAAUAAGUUUAUUGAGUCUACAGUGCCUCAACAAGAAGAAAAAGUUCAGCAGAUUAUAGACCUGGCUAAACAGUUAUAUGGUUUUGAAGAAGGAAAGAAGUAUGUUGAAAAAGCUGUGUCAAAGUACAAAGAAAUUCUUAAUUCUGUUGAUGAUUUGUGUAGAUCUCUGAGAGAAUUUAAGGAGAUUCAGAAAGAUGAGUUUACUGAAGAGUUGGUUACUGUGCAAAAAGAAGAAAGAAAUAGCCAAGAUGUGUGUGAGGCUGUUACAGAUGAAGCAGAGGAAAAAAAGCAGCAGAUGGGAUCAGAUAUAUUACUUACAAAUCCAAAAAACGUUAGUGAGAAGAGAAACAACAUGUCUCCUACCAACACUGAACAGGAGAGGAAUAAAUUGGCUGAUAUUCCAAUUAUCUGCCCAGCUGGUAAGGAUCUUGUUUCACAGGAUACAGAGCUGUCAUCUUCGGCCAAAGAGAAGAGCUUACAGACUGAGUUCCUGGCAGAAGAAAUACCCUCCGGAGAUGAAUAUGAGUGUAUAUCACCUGAUGAUAUCUCUUUGCCACCGCUUUCUGAGACACCAGAAUCCGUCUUAUUUUCUGAAACAGAGCUAGAAGAGCAGUGCUGUUGUAGUUCUCAUAAUCUGCAUGCCAGUUCCUAUAGCUUGCAAAUACAGAAAAACACUAUUGAUAAAAAGUUGAUGGAAGCAUCUGAUCUCUUAACAAAUUCUGCUUAUGCUGAUGCUACAAAUUUUAGAACGGAAAUUCCAUCUGAUCAGUUUGAGAAGUUUUAUAUCUCUUCAGCAGAUUCUGAUCCAAAAGUCAGAGCAGAAUUUCCUUUUGCUUAUAGUUUACGAGCAAUAUCUGAGGCUAGCACUGUUUCCUGCACAGUGAAUGUCAAACCAGUAUAUAGCAUGAGGAGUGAAGUGUGCAAAACACAUUUGCAACACCUUGAACUUCGUAAAAGCAUGGCAGAAGCACAAGAACAAUUGCAUGACUUGAAUAACUGUACUAAAACCCAGGACAGGCUGCAUGCUUUGCCUGAUGCAUUCUCAGGUUUCAUGUUUCAAUCAGACACCACCAGAAGCUGUCAGAGGCAGAUGGUUACCCGAGAAGAGAUUAAAAGUGCAUCAGAAAAGAACAGCAUAGCCAGCCUAACUGGACAGGCGCCUAACUUCUCCCAGCUUCUGUCUAAUGUAACCGUCAUGGAAGGUUCUCCAGUAACCUUGGAAGUAGAAGUAACAGGAUUCCCAGAGCCUACACUGACAUGGUACAAGAAGGGCCAGAAACUGACUGCAGAUGAGCACUUAAAGCUUUUACAAAAGGAGACAAAGCAUACUUUACUCAUUCAGAAGGUGUGUGAUAAAGAUGCUGGCCUCUAUGUUGUUCGGGCUAAAAAUUCUAGUGGCACUAUAUCAUCAAGUGCCAUUCUCCACGUGAAAGGUAACAGGCGACCUAUUACAAGAAUAGACUGGAUAAUGCUGUGUGUCAUCUAUGUUAGCAUAUCACUAAUGUACUGGCUAUUCACAGAACUACAAUAUUGACUGCACUGGACUUAAUUCUCACAUGCUAAGGCAACAUGAAAUUUAUUGUCCUACACUGAAUCUUUCACCAUCUAUACCAAACUACUGUUAUGUCACACUUGGUAUAUUGCUUGUUUCUUAAUACCAGUAUUAUAUGAUUAUUUUCCUUUCUCAUAGUGAUAUUGAGAUAAAAAUAAGUUACAAAAAUUUUCUAGAAUCUAAGACCUGGUUUUCCAUUCUAAAUAUGUUGGCAAUAUGAAAUGUUGAAAACAGUUUUAAUGGCUAUUAUAUGUCAAAAUACACCCAGGUAGUGCGCUCAGAUCAACAUAUUUUUUGAUACAAUUUUUGAUGGGGAUGGAGGAGGGCACUGAAUUUUAUUUUAAACAUAAGAUUUAUUAUUUCCAAUAACAUUUUUCUCAUCUACCUUUAUUUAUAUAUUUUUUUAUCUGUAAGGUAAAGCUUCUUAGUAUAAAAUGGUAAUAUUCAUGAUUGCAUUGUCGUAGAUCAGAUUUAAAUUUCAGUCUCAUUCCAGAGGAUCGUCUCCACAAAUAAAAGCUGCAGUAGUUCCAAUAGAGAUGUGAUAAUCUGCACUACAGAGAUUUGACCCAGAAUUGUCAGGAUUUGUGUAAGCAGCACUUAGCAUACAGUAGAAUGAAACCUGCAGAUGUUUACAAAAUUAGACCUUCCAACAUACCAUCUGCUUAGAGAGAUGCUUGUGAUACUUCUCUGCCUUCUUAUAAAAUUAGAAUUAUAAAUAUUUAUGAUAGUUCUCCAUAUUGUUAAUAUAUAGGAAAAGAAAAAUAAUAGUUUAUGACAUGAGCAUUUAUGCACAUUUAAAAAUUUUAAUGCACUUAUUUCAAACAAUCACAUUGUAGAAAUACUCAAAAGUAUACUCACACCAAAAAAUAAACUAAUUAAAAAAAUAUCAGUCAAAUAGAAUUCUUCUGUAACUUCAAAGUAGUUAAUCCAAAACAGAAAUUUAUCGACAUAUUGCAUUUCAUUCUUGACCAGGAUAGCCGUAGAUGUUAUUUAUUAAGUACUUUGCUUAAAUAUUUGAUAAAAGCAACAUAACUGCUAGUGGAAGAAUUCAUUCAUAAAUCCUUAAAUGUCAUUUGAAUCCUUCUUUACUUCUAGUAUUUGUUUAAGUAAGGUAAAACCAAUUUGAGAGAAAGACACAUGAUUUUUCCUGCAUCUUUGAUUUUCAUCUUUCAUAUUGUGACUAUGGCGGUGUGUAAGAAAAUUUAGAGGAAAUAUUUACUUUCUCUUCCACAUUUUGCUGAAAGAAAAUAAGCCUUCUACUGUGCAGCAAGCUGUGAGAAGAAUACCUAUUGCAAAUUGUAGGGCGUCAGUGAAAUUGAACAAUGGCAUUUAGAUAUUUUGGCCAGUGAUUGUAACUUUAUUAAAAUUCCUGUAACUUUGAUUAAGGGAAUACAACCGCACAGCUAUAAGAGGGAGCUGGAGGAAGAGGAGAGGAGGUGUUGAGCAAAUGGCAGAACAAAACAUUUACCUAAACCCUGAAUGAACAAUUUUCUGAAUUCAGUCAUCUCCUGAAAAGGUUGAUCCAUUCUCCCAGCUAUAAAAAUCACUUCUCUAAAAUUUUACUUUCCAUUUCACAAUAAAACUAUUUUUAAUUAGUACAAUUUUGAAUGUUUCAAUUUUCAUAAAAGUAAAAUUCAGUUUAGUGUGCUUAUGCCCUCGUGAUAUUAUCCGCCUUUUGUAGUUGUUACAAACAUUCAGCAAAACCUUUGUGAGCAAGCUGACUUACCUAACUGUUCAUUACAUUAAGUAGUAUUAUGGUAAGAACAAACCCCACAUGCCUCUCCUACACGCUGUAAGGUUUUGUCUGCUGCACAGCUGCCAGUGCUUAAUAAUUGUAUCCUGUUUAUAACACUUUCUGUUUG